AAUAAUGUUGAUAACAAAAACUUAAUGCUAAUUGAUACUAAAGCAGAGUUGUUAACAGUAACAAGCCUGAAACAAGUUGAAGUUAAAAGAAUUAAAACUGAAAUUGAAGAAAUUAAUGUUUAUGAAAGUGAAACUGAAGAUGCCAAAAAGGUUAAAGUAACUAAUAAAGCCUUUUAA